GGAGUUGCAUAUGCAAUGGCAAUCAUUUGCUGCAUACUGGAUGCAGAGGUGAACAUCGGUACAUCCACUGCGCAAUCAUUGGGUGAUGCACAUCGACAUUCUACAGCUGAAGAAAACGCACCAUCCUGGACUUCUGAUGAAGAAGCACGAAGGAUGGUUGAUUAUCGUGAUAUACUAAGCCUUACAAGAGUUCUCAUGCAUGGUCCCAAAAGCAAAGCAGAUGUUGAUAUCAUUAUCGAAAGGUGUGCUGGUGCGGGGCAUUUACGAGGUGAUAUCCUUCAUUACAGUAAGGCACUCAAGGAGGUCUGCAAUGACGAUGAUGAGCAUCAAGCAUACAUCAUGGAUAUGGGCAUUAAGGCUAUGACUAUGAGGCGCUACUUUUUCCUCAUCACAUUCCGGUCGUACCUAUACAGCACAUCUCCAACUGUGACGAAAUUCAAAACGUGGAUGAAUGCAAGGCCAGAAUUACGACAUCUCUGUAAUAAUCUUAGAAUCGACAAAGGGUUGUAUCUCGAGCUUUCAUCACUCGGCUGGUGGUGUUUAGAAGCCGUUUCAUCGGAGCUUAGCCGACGUAAAAGUUAA